CUGACCCGAGUUGCAGAGCUGAACAAGGAACGAUGGAGAUAUUUCCGCUGGACACCUCGGACAGCUUUCAUUUCCUUCAUGUACGCCAUAUUCGUACCUACAGUUGUCGGCUUUACCUUUGCAAAAUCAGACGGCAAAUACGACAUGCGGGCGAAGCUCAGGGGGGACACAAUCAGCGAGUUCUGA